AUGGCGGCGGCAGCCACCUGCGGCGCGGGUACCCUCAGCUCCGAAUGUGUGGCUUCCGAGGCGGGCCAGAGCCGCACCUCUAGCUUCCAGAGGAGAGGCAAGGCUUCUGGGGCCCCCGGAGGGGGUCCCCGGCUGCUGUCCAUCGCAGGCACGCGACCGUCGGUGCGGAAUGGACAACUGCUGGUGUCAACCGGGCUCCCAGCCCUGGACCAGCUUUUAGGUGGAGGUUUAGCUGUUGGAACACUUCUUCUGAUCGAAGAGGAUAAAUAUAAUAUCUAUUCGCCUUUGCUCUUCAAGUAUUUCCUGGCAGAAGGAAUCGUCAAUGGACACACUCUGUUGGUUGCAUCUGCUAAAGAAAAUCCUGCCAACAUUUUACAGGAACUCCCUGCACCACUACUUGAUGACAAUGGUAAAAAGGAGCUUGAAGAUGUACACAGCGCUAAACCCCCAGAGGCAGACGCUAACAUGAAGAUAGCCUGGCGGUACCAGCUACAACCCAGGAUGGAGCAGGUUGGGCCAGUCUUAUCGUCACGAUUUGGUCACUAUUAUGAUGUAUCAAGAAGGAUUCCUCAGGAGCUACUAGAGAGUUCGAAUUGGCAUGGAUUCUUCCUUCCAGAACACACCCCUCCAGGUCUUAAAGGAGAACCCUGCUUUUUGUCCUGUGGCUACAUGAAGCUGCUUCAGUUCUUUCAGAACAUCAUUUAUACUGAAGGAUUUGAUGGAGCUAAUCCCCAGAAAAAACAGAAAAACAUUUUAAGGAUAGGAAUUCAGAACCUUGGCUCACCAUUAUGGGGAGAUGACAUUUGCUGUAAAGAAAACAGUGACAACCAUCACAGGCUUACCAAGUUCCUCUACAUUCUCCGUGGCCUUCUAAGAUCCUCACUGUCAGCCUGCAUCAUCACAAUGCCAGCACAACUUGUCCAGAAUAAAGCAAUUACUACCCGUGUGAGAAAUUUGUCAGAUACAGUAGUUGGUCUGGAAUCUUUUAUUGGUUCAGAGAGAGAGACCAACCCAUUGUAUAAGGAUUAUCAUGGUCUAAUCCAUAUACGGAAGAUUCCUCGGCUUAAUAACUUGACUUGUGAUGAAUCGGAUGUCAAAGACUUAGCUUUUAAGUUAAAAAGGAAGCUGUUCACCAUUGAGAUGUCAUCUGAUUCGGGAUGAUGAGGAACACAGUAAGGCCACUAGAGUCCAUGAGUUCAGCCAACUGUCACACGUCUUUGGAUAUAAAGUAAGUUCCUUGAUCAGAAGUAAUACUGCAUGGCAUACCAUGAUAAGGCAUUCUGCAAGUUUAUGGAUGCUAUUUUAAUUACAUGCUGAAAAGUCAAGUCCAUAACCAGAUUAUCUACUUCAGUAAAGACAAAGCACCAUCCUUCCCACAGAGGAAGUAGUCAGUAUAGUCAGCUUGCCACCAGGUCUCUAGCUGGUCACCCUGAGGAAAUGGUUUCAUAUUGGAGGCUCAAUGUUAGCCUCUAUUUCUGGACAAUCUAGCAGUCACCAACAACUGUAACCAAAUCAGCCUUGGUAUGAGAAAGUCUAUGUUGUUAAACCCAUACAUAGCCUCCAUUCUCUGUCAUUAUGGCCAUUUUGUUCAUGGGCACAUUGGACAAGAACAAGAAUUGCCUGAGAAAGGCCAGCUGUACACAGUACAUGUCAUCAUGUCUAAUUGGUUAUUGAACUCCUCCUCCUCCGUAGAAGUCACCUUUUCACGAGCAUUUACCUAGCACACAACUAUCUUUACAUCCUUUGCCUAAUUGAAAAGAUCUAUCUUCAUACUUUUCCCCAAAUAUAUUUCUCACUGAUUUUCUAAAUCAUUGGCCAUGCAGCUGGUCUAUUGGUUACUGCCCGUGAAUCAAUGAACAAUCACACAUCUGGCUAUUUCUUCUUCCAAGGAAAAUGUAUGACCAUGUGUACUGUCUAAAACUCUGCCCACUGUGAUGCUUUUCCUUCACAUGUAUCAUUCAGGGUUGUCCCAGAAAGGGGUUGUAAUGCCAUGACUGCACACUAAGAGUGGUGCUGAUAUUGCAUGCAGAAUAGUCAGAACAUGGCCUUGACCUUUUCUUCUCAGUCAACCUGCCAUAAGACACAUGCCAUAAGACUACAAGCAUAUGCUUGGGAACAAACAACAUUGUAACAGGAGUAGAAACCAUCGCAUUUGGGCAACUUUUUCACCAAUCUUGCUUGUGCCCUUAGGACCUGCUCAGGCCUGAUCACACAUAUGCUUUAACCCCCUGAUAAUGGAUUGCUGCUGUGCAUACUCUACUUUAUGGUUUGGUGAAUCAGAUAACACCUAGCUCAUGAUGGGCAGUUCAGGUUGUAUCUUAACUCAGUAGACCACUGUCACACAAUUAGUUUCUACUAAAGCCCAAUAUCUACUAAAGGCAGAGGACCUUCCAAGCUAGCAACCUUCCAAGUUACUUGGAAUAUGGGCCAUAUUAACACACCAAGGGAACAUGUCAUCCCUAGAAUUCAAAUAGGCCCACUAAACAUUGUGCUUCUUUCUUGGUGUUAGGAGGGGCCAGGUAUAAUAAAUUAUCCUUCACCUUAGAAGGACUACCUCUGCAUGUUCCAUACCACUGCACUCCUAGAAGUUUUAGUGAGGUAGAAGACCCUUGAAUUUCAGUUAGGUUUAUUCCCCAUCCUUUCGUGCACAUCUCUGUUACCAACAUGUUCAAAGUGGUUGCUACCUCCUGCUCACUUGGUCCAUAAUGUCAUCAAUGUAAUUGACCAGUGUAGUAUUUUGUGGAAGAGGUAGACAAAGAAGAUCCCUUUGAAUUAAGUUCUAAGCAGGACUGGAGAGUUAAUAUAUCCUUGAAGUGAAACUGUAAAGGCAUACUGCUACUCUUGCCAACUGAAAGGGAAAUGUAGAUCAAUAGUACACAUCAUGUGUCAGCAAAUGUGUUAAUCUGCUCAAGAUUAACAGCACAUGUGCUGUAGGUGCUGCAACCACUACCUCAUUACAUUUGUGAUAGUUAACUAUCACUCCCCAUGGUCCACCUGCCUUCUGCACAGACCACAUAGGAGAGUUAAAGGGAGACAUGAGUGCCACCAUCCCUGCAUCUUUGAAGUCCUUGAUGGCCUCCCCAAUUUCUGUAAUUCCUCCAAGAAUAUGAUACUGCUUUUGAUAACAGGUGGAAGUUUAUUCUCAACGUUUGCUCACUUGGCCUUCCCUCUGGCCAUCCCAGUUGAUUUAUCCAGUUGUUGCUGCUGGUGAUGAGUACUUAACUAAUGGCAGAAUUUGCAUACCCAAGCUUUCAUCAUAUUGUCAUUUUGGCCUUAAUUAAGUUGUGUCCUUCUUAUCAAUAUCAGCAAACCUAACUGUUAUUUAUCCAAUCACUUUUUAUUCUAGGUAUUAUACAUGUAUAGUUCUGACAUUUUGUUUUCUCUGCUAUUUUAUUAUAGAGAAGUUUCUGAUCUUAAUUUUCCUAAAUUCAGACAUAUUUACUAUAACUAGAUGCAAGAAUCCACUUCAUUAAGACUUCAGUUAGCCUGCUAGCUUGUCUGUCCAUCUGUCGGUCUGUCUGUCGGUCUAUCUGUUUUGGGACAAGUUCUCACUCAGUAGCCAAGUCUAGCCUGGAACUCAAUAGGUGACUUAGGAUUGUUUUGAACUCGCAGCAAUCCUGCUUCCUCUUUCCAAGUGGUAAGUUACAGGAGUUAAUCAUCAUAUCUGCCAAGGCUUCAGUUUGAACCCGAGUAAGAAAAGGAAAUCCUUCAAGAAAGAGCCAGGUCUUCCCCGCCCAACCCCUUUGGAUUCUCUUCUCAGGGUCAUAUAAUGCUCUUUAAGUAUUCCAUAUAAGACUAAUAGAUCAUUCUGGCUUUAGAAGUAUAACUCUGGCAACAAGAUGAAAAGUUGGAGUUUAUCUAAACUGUAAAGGGGUGGCAAAACUAGAGUCUAGUCAGGAAACUCGCUUAAGAGGCCAGAUUGUCGUCCUCAGCAGGGCCUUUCCUAAGGAAGGAGCCUGUCAGAAAUUAAUAAGAAGGUCUGAACUUAACUACAUAGCGAAGGGGGAGGAAGUAACUAAGGUGUCUUGUACUGAAAUAAGCAUAGGAUAUCAUAGAUGCGGAAGUAAUUUAUAGCUAUCUGGGUACAUGAAUUUGUUCAGAGGAGAUAUAUACCCAAAGAGAGAGACUUGACACGUUAGUUUCUUUUCACUGUAACAAACUACCUGAACAAAAAUAAGGAGAAAAUAAUCAUUUGGCCCACAACUUUAGAGAUUUCAAUCCAUGCUUGGGAUUUACUUUUAAGCCUAUGGCGUGGCAAAAGGCAUGGCUGAGGAAAUCUCACUUUGUGCAGUCAAGAAGGAAAGAAAAAGAGAUGGAAUGAUACUAGAGACAAGGACCCUUAGAGACCUUUCAAAGACAUGCCCUAACAACCACUUCCUCCAACCAAGCCCCACUUCUUAGUAACUCAUUCAAUUCUAAACUCAUCAAUGGAUUACUCCUUUGGUAAAGUUAACAUAUUUGUGGUCCAGUCACUUCUCAAAAAUGCCACCACUUGGAUACCAAGCCUUCAAUAUAUGACCUUAGGGGUGGGCCAGUUUAUAUCUAUGCUGUAACAGAAACCGUUGUAUAUAACCUAUAAUUUAUAAUUGAACCUAUUUGAAUAAGAUCAGCAAACAUGUUUAUAUUUAAAAGUAAAGGAAGAUGAACACUGUACAGGACUCUUAUCAAAACUUAGAAAAGACAGAAUUUUGAGAAUAGUGAACAGUGCCAAAAGCUUUAAGCAAUGAGUAGAAAGUCAGCAUUAGAGAGUCCAUGUCAUUUGACAUGGUGCAAUACUAGGUGAUCAGUGGCAUGGAUUUUCAGAGAUGUGGGCUAUGAAACUUUAAUUACCUGCAUCACAUUUUUAUACCUGUUAUGAAAAGUACAAGCAGGCACAGCAGGCCUCUGUUCUGCAUUCUCCAUUCCUGAGUACGAAGGAGAGGGAAGGAAAGCAUGUGAGUAGCAGGUAGGCUCAGUUUGUCAGUUUCCCUCACACUGGCUCCUUGCAGUCUCAUUGCAUUUUCAUGCCAGUUAAUGCUUAACUUUAUUUUUCAUAAUUAUCAGGUUUUUAGUGGUAUAGUUCAAAAAACCAGCUUGGUCCCAAAUCAAAUUAAAUACAGAUACUACUGUGCGGUAUGACUUGCAGCAGUGCACAGGGUUCAAAAGCUUUAUGACAGAAACACAUAAACUCCUGAUUGGCAGCCUUGUGUAUAAAUGUGAGUAUCCUAACAAAUGGUUUCCAAGUGGGGCCCUCUGUUAGAGCUUGAUGGAGCUCUGCGGCUGAGCAAGAGGUUGUUCUUGUUUUCACACGAAUCAGGCAUUAGCCACAGUACUUAAGAAAAAACAGACGCUUUGUAGGAAUUCAUUAUUCCCAAACUGAUUGCAGCCAUCCAAAUACCAGCAUCCCUCCUUGUAAAGAAAGGCGCCUUGAUACUAGUCUUACGUGCUGGGAUGUUUGAAUAUUGUACUGUUCGUAUACAUACAGUAUGGUGGUUUCCCCCUAGCUCCACUCUGUCCUCACCCACUAGGACCAACUUUCACCUUACUUAACUGAAAAUAAAUGACCUUUGAAAAUCCUGACACAAGUACUUGAGUCUGAAUUCUAAUCCUAAAGUAAGCUCAAUCUUUCAUACUUUAUGGGGUAUGAAAGAUUCGUGUUAUCUAGACUCCUGUUUACUUUUCCUCUUAUUACUGUGAUCUUUUGGGACAACAAUAAAUCUGUUCAAAUAUAUUAGAGAAAGUUUUCAGAACAGAAUACAGUACUCAGAUUUUGUUAAUUGAAGACUUUGUGUAACAGAUACAACAGGAAAGUCACCACGUGUAUAUUUUAAAUCUAUAGAGCACAGUCUUAGGUGGUGUGUACUUGAUAAACAUGAGGAUUAGUGGAAUUUUGCUGUAAAUCAACUUCCACUAUUACUCUUAGGAGUAAAUCCAUUGUAAAGAGUAAACCAUAUGUACCCAAAACUCAGUAGAAUCCACAACAUCAACAGCCAUGGUAUAUUAAUUUGAUUUGCGUAUAAACAAGAUAAAUUCAUAGGGUUAUUAAAGAGAAAAAUUAAAGGGAGUUCCUAAUUCUGUUUGCAUAUUUUACCAGUACUGAAGGAGCAGCAUACUAUGUGCAGACUUUGGGUUUCUGUCAAUCAUGCACCCCUUUAGCUUUGUCACUGAGCACAGAGCUAUCCACAGUCCCUGAGGCACAUAAGCACUGUGCUCAAAGUUCCUGUUAGUAUUUAGGACACACUUUCCAGUUUACACUGGUUAUUUAGUAUAAUGAUGAAUGUGUUCGUAUUUAUUAAUUGGUGUUCUCUUGCCAUAUGAAAAUGCUUUUAGCUUCUGCCUCUUUAUACCUAUUUGAAGGGUGACUAACCCCAGGAAUAUAACAUCCUUCUUCCCACAUGCUGUUUGAGUUGAAGUAUUUGUCAGAAUGGAGGCUCAGGGGAAAUGUAGAGAUUUAUGUAGGAGAAAGCUCAUACUUUGUGCUUGUCACAGGAAGCCUAAAGCUACUCAUUUUCUACCCCAGGAUCUGUGUGCUCUGAAACGCAUGGCACACUGGCUUACACUGAGACCAUGUGAGUCUAGCAAGUAACUCCUCUCUGCCUCAGUUUCCUCACCACUUAGAUGGCAAUAAAGAGAACUGUUGUGAAGAUUAAAUAAGGUGUUAUGUGUGACAGACUUGACGCAAGGCUGAUCUGUGUGGUGGUUGUAGUGUUUCACACAGACUAGAAAGCAUUGUUCUGCCUAUGGAAAUUCAGAGGCGCAAUCAUCAGCAGUCAGGAAUCUCUCUGUGGUCUACAUAACAGGCAGAUACUGAUGGGUCCUAUGAAUAAUGCUUCUCUCAUAUCAGGAAAAGAUGGUUCUACACACAUGCAUAUGUGUUGUCUCACUCAGACUGCAGAGCAGUCCUUUCAGUUUGCCACCUUCUUCUCAUUAGAGAAACCUGAAACUCAGAAAAAAGUCCCAUGCACAAGAAUAAAUGCCUCCCACUCUCUGAUAGCUAAACUGCCAGUAUUCAGAACUUAGUGGUUUCUUAUUUAUGUUGUAUGGCAAAUUAAAAGGGCAGAGGGCAUUCCAGUACAUAUCUUUUGAGACUGGACAAAGACUCAACAGCAUUUAUUCAACAGCCAGUAAGAUCCUUCAUUUCCCUGAAGAAAAAAAAUAACACAUUUACUACUGCAGUACUGCCAAGCUUUGCUUGUGCUAAAACCUAGGUUUCUGUUAUGUGAAAAAGUAAAUAGGGCUCUGUAGCUAAAGUGGUUGCCAUGCAAGCGUGAACACCUUCGUUCUCACCCCUGUCCCCCACUGUCUUAGUUGCCUGUCAUUGCUGUGACAAAGUACAAAAAAUCAACUUAAGAAAACAAGGGUUUAUUUUGGCUCACAGUUCCAGAAUAUAGUGUAUCAAGGCAAGCCCUUAAGAUAACUGGUCCCAUUGCAUCCACAGUCAGGAAGGAGAAGGAAGCUUGUGCUUAGACCAUUCUGUCCUCCUUCUCUAAUCAAUCCAAGAUCCCGACCCAGAGAGAGUUGCCACCUACAGUAGCCUGGUCUUCCCACAUCAAUUAAACUAAUCAGGAUAAUUCCCUGUAGGCAUGUCUAAAGGCAUCUGCCAGGAGACUCUAGAUCUCAUCAAGUAGACAUAUUUAACCAUUACAAUCUCCUCCACCCUUGCCAGCCUCAGAACUUGAGUUCUGAUCCCUAACAUACACAUGAAAAGCUGGAUACCGUGCAUGCCUAUAAUCCCAGUGCUGUGAAGACAGAAACAGAAGCAUUCCUGAGGGUUGCCCACCAGUGAGUCUAGGCCAAUCAACAAGUUCAGGUUCAAUGAGAGACACUGUCUCAAGAAAAUAAAAUGGCUAAGUGACUGAGGAACAUUACUAGUAUCAACCUCUGGCCUCCACAUGUACUCCCACACACAGGUAAACACAUAGAGAGGGGGGAUAAAUGGAUAAAGAUACUAUUUCAUGUAUGAGAUAGUUACCCUAAUUAUAGCAGUAUCAUCUUUUUAAAGUUGCAUUCCUUAUUUGUAGGGGAGCACAUUUAGCAUGAAUAAAGAAUGUGGAGGUCAGAGGACAGCUUGCAGGAGUCAGUUAUCUUUUACAGUGCAAGUAAAUUGAAGUCAGCUCCUCAGGUUUUACCACAUGCACCUCCACCUACCAUGCCAUCUCACAAGCCCACCUGGAUUAUCCUAUGCUGAGUAGAGUACAAUUUCUGCAUUAACUUAAACAAAAACAUCCUAUUAUUGCUUUGAAGAAAUUGUUGGCCCUGGGUCUCCUCCCUUUGUCCAUAAACAAUAAAUGUCAUUUCUGGUAUAAGUUGUUUAAGAAUAGGACAGUUAUAUGCAUAGUUAUUUGUCAUCCAGGACAAUAACAAAAUUUGCAAAGCACUGACACCAUAUGGAACUUCUCACAAGGAAUCAAAUUGCUAGGUACUGUGUACUGCCUCAGUUUUUCAAGCUGAUGCACACAUAGGUAAAUAAAAGUGCUGUUGUCCUUUGCCUUGAGCAAACAACUCUCUGAAACAUUCCCUAUAUUUGUCUUCCUAAAGUCAGUCAUUCCAUCCUUCCUCCAUAGAAUAGGCACCUUCUCGAGCUCCUCAUUUAGGCAGGAACGUGCACUACAUUGAUGUCAUUGUUGCUUUCCUCCUGGCAGAACGCAGAGGUUCAACUACGCAGUGGUGUGAACUGGAAAUGCUACCUGUCUUCUCUGUGCCUCUCCUUUACUCCUGACAGUGUGGUCAGCCACCGUACCUGUCACUUUGUGUCCAGUUUUACUUAUCUUCAUAUUAAUGUAAGGAAGAGUCCAAACAGUCUAAGAAACCUUGUCAAUAUUAUAUGCUACUAUUCAGUCUGAGCCAGAAUUUAGAUCAUUUUGUUAUAAAACUUUGGCUUCAUGUACCCACCCCUGAAGGAUACUGUCUAAAGCAGUGGUUCUCAACCUGUGGGUCAUGACCCUUUUAGGAUCUAACGACCCUUUAACAGGUGUCACUUAAGACCAUCAGAAAACAUAGGUAUUUUACAUUAUUAUUCAUAACAGAAACAAAAUCACUUUAUGAUAUAGGAACAAAAAUAAUUUAUUGGGUCACCGCAAUAUAAGGAACUGUGUUAAAAGGUCUCAGCCUUAGGAAGAUUGAGAACCACUGGCCCAGAACAUUGAUUCAGAGGUUCUCACACUCUGCCCCAUGCUGUCCACCUCCAUGCUAUCCACUGUACCAUCCACUGCACCGUCAGCUGACUGCUCUUGCAGGUUAGAAUGUGUAAGGUCCUUCAGAAGAGUUGUCAGCCUGAAGAAACAAACAUGUACACUAGUAGUCUAAGAAUGUUGUAAAGAUGAGCCUCAUCUUUAUAUCUGGGUUGGGUUUAUGAAGACUUGGUUAAAGAUUUCAGACCUUGAGGCCAAGAAGGAUGGCCCAGUGGGUAAUAACACUUGUGUGGCAAGCCUGAUGACAUGAACUCAGUCUCUGAAACUCAGGCAACGGUGGGAGGAAGCCCCAUAAAGUUGUCCUCUGACUUUACAUAGUCACUGUGGCACAUGUGCCUGUGUGUGUAUGCAUAUAAGUAACUACUUCUAUCCCAUUCAAGCUUCCUUUCAGGUGUCGUUUUCCCUCAAGCUGCAGGACAAACGCCCUGGUGACUUCUAGUACUUUCACAAAUAUUUUUAAAAUGUUAUAUGGUUAACUGUUCUCAAAAAUGGACUACUUGAAACUUCUAAAUCUGUCAGGCAGGUAUGUAAUGCCAGGAGUUGACCUUAGAGUCCACCAGGCCUUUCCCACCACUAGUUCCCACUCCUUAAGAAGGCAAGGUUCUUCACCUUUUUCUCAUUUGUAAAAUUGGUACAAUAGUAGUGUUAGCAUCAUUAGAUCUCUGUGAAGAUGACUAACCAUCAUAUAUACCUGGUACAGUCCCUCAUACCUAGAAAAUAGCAGCCAUUACUGGUCAGGGUCAGUGACUUGUCUGACCGUGCGCCCCUAUUAACAUACUUUGUACUUUGUAACUCUUUUCUUACAUACUUUGUUUUUUGUUUGUUUUUGUUUUGUUUUGAGACAAGGUCUCACUAUGUGGCCCUGGCUGGAUGGAAUUUGCUAUAUAGACCAGGCUAUCCUAGAAUUGACAGAGCUCCUUCUCUCUCUGCCUCCUGAGCUCUUGUUUUUCAGUGGCUUGCUUUUAUUCCUUGCCAACAUGAAAAGACUGUUCUGUGCCUCCUCACUGUGCUGCCACUGAGUCUUAGCAAAGCAAUGUAGCUUUUUGUGGCAUCAUGUUUGUUCAGAUAAUCGACACGAUAUUCUCAAGUUCAGUCACUGCCAGUAGUCGCUUUCUCAUAAUCUUUUCCUGGUGUUGUGCCUUAUGAACUCAAGAUGUGGGUAAGAUGAAGGUCUUAGUAUGUACAUUGUGUUUCUUGACUCUGCUAAUACUUCAAGGAAAUUCGAAGGAAACAAUGAAGCCAUGCUACACAGGUACUUAAUUUUUUAGUCUGAGAAGUACUAUGGUAAUUAAUGCUUAUUUUAUGCAAACUAGACAGUAUCUGUUAACGGACACAUUACUGCCAAGAAAAUAUUACUUGUCUUAAUUAUCAGUAAUGAAGCAGGGAUAAGCUGCUCACUUAGAUAUCAUGUAUCUAACGACCUUGUCAGUGAGAGGCUGUGUGAAAGGCACCGGGUUCAUAGAUUACACUGCAUUCAGCUUCUGGCCUUUGUGUAGAUUGGGGUUUUGUGCGUGAGUUUUAAAGUCAGCUAUAAAUUGGGUUGGUGCUUAAAACUGAUUUAAUGUCUUGCUUUUAGUACAUCGUUUUCUCAUUUAUAAAUACUCAAUUUUUAUCUUGAGCUUUAAAAAAUAGGCUGUAGUAAAUUUAGGCUUGCCUUGUUAACUGCUUGUGUUUAUUUUUUUUUAACCUUACCAAAUAAAAUGGUAAUACAUUCCCAUUUGUUUAACCAGAGGACGUGCUUGAUGGCUGAAGUGUCUUUGUUAACAAUCAGCACAGUGUCCAUGGUGACAAUUGCAAAGAAAGAACAUGAGUCUUCAUAGCAACACUUCCUGUCUGGAUUUCCUGAGAUAAAGUAAAACUGGUUUCUUGAUAGAAUUUUUCAUGUCCCUUAACCACCUCAUGUUACUGAAGCAUUAUUCAAAAGACAUGUAGCACAUGAUGGCUCAUGCUCAUAAUCCCAGUACCUGAUAGAGAGAGACCAGCUGCACAACCAGUUUGAAGCCAGCCUGGCCUAUAUGAGCCAAUAUAGGAAAGGAAACAAAAGGAAGAAGGGAGAGAGGGCAAGAGGCAGGCGGGCAGGCAGGCCCAUCAAAAAAAGGAGGGAAGAAAAUAUGGCUUUAGCUUUAUAUUGACCAAUAGAAGUAGCACAUGUUUUAAGAAAUUAAAUAAGGAUUCAAUUCAAUGGAAGGACAUGGCAGGGCAAUAAAAUAAUAUGUUUAUCUUGACUUUUUAAAAUUCUUGAAGCUUUUUUUAGUAGAAAAAUGUUAUUCCAAGACCAAUGAAGAAAUCUCACAACAUAGGAACUGUACUAUCUGAAUUCAAGCUUUUCUGAAGUUUGAACUUAAAGAAUAUACUGAGUCUUCCAGGUCAGAACAGCUCAGGACCUCUAUGUCCUAUGUCUAAAGUGCAGGGUUGGAAUUAAAGGUUCACACACCAUGCCCAGCUUGCAAGGAAUCUUUCUACUUUCCUGCUUUCUGUGAUUACUCUAGCCAUUUACCCACAUCUGAGGAUCUGAAGAAAGCCAAGAACCACAGGUGAGAGAGAACAUUCAGUGUUUAGUCUUUCUGCAUCAGGGCCACCCCACUCAGUAUUUUCUAGUUUCAUCCAUUUACCUGUACAUUUCAUAAUUUCAUUUUUCUUUACAGCUGAAGUGUAUUUUGUAGUGUUUAUAUAUUAUAUAUUCACUAUCCAGUCAUCAGUUGAAUGACAUUUGAGUUCUUUCCUUUCCCUAUUGUAUAUACAUCAGAAAUGAGCGUGGCCAGCAAGUGUCUCUGGAGUAGGAUCUCAAGUCCUUUGGGCAUAUGCCAAUGAGUGGUAAAGCUGAGAUGUAAGUUACAUUUAUUUUUUAGGCUUUGAGGGGUUUUGCACACUGAUUUCCAUUGUAGCUGAACCAGUUUGCAAUCCCAGCAACAGGGAAUGAGGAUUCCCCAUUCAGCUUGUUGAUCUUAGCCACUCUGGCUUGGGUAGAUGAAGUCUCAAAGUUUUGAUUUACAUUUCCCCAAUUGCUAAGGGUGCUUGUAGUUGUUUGAAUAGGAGUGUCCUCCAUAGACUCAUAUGAUCCAUAGGGAGUGGCACUUUAGGAGGUGUGGUGUUGGAGUAGGUGUGGCUUUGUUGGAGGAAGCGUGCCACUAGAAGGUAAGCUUGGAGGUCUCAGAAGCUCAAGCCAGUUCACUUCCUGCUACCUACCAGCCUGGAUGUAGAACUGACUCUCAGCUGCCUCUCUAGCGCAUGUCUGCCUGUAUGCUGCCGUGUUUUCCACUGCGACAAUAAUGAACUAAACCUCUGACUGUAAGCUAGCUCCAGUUAGGAGUUGCCUUGGUCAUGGCGUCU